UUCUUUCACUUUCUGCUAGGGUUUUGCAGAAGAGAGGCCGCUCCACUCGCUCGCACCAACUCCAAUGUCUCCAUUGAGCUCCGAUCAGGUCCUGAAGGACAACAACACUCGUGAUCCUUCCGCCAUUGAAGCUCUCAAACUCACCCACCGAGCUCUCUCCGAUGUUUCGUUCUUGUGCGACUUCAAGAACUUGGCGAGGCUCGAUCUUAGGCUCAACAAGCUCACUUCUCUUGAGGGUUUGAAGCUGUGCACGAAUUUGAAGUGGUUAUCGGUUGCGGAAAACAAAUUGGAGAGUUUGAAAGGAAUCGAAGCGCUUUCUAAGCUCACUGUCUUUAAUGCGGGCAAGAACAAACUUAAGUCCAUGGAAGAAGUUAGAUCUAUUACGAGUUUAUGUGCAUUAAUUUUAAAUGAUAAUGAGAUAAGUUCAAUAUGCGGGCUUGAUAAAAUGAAACACUUGAACACUCUUGUUCUUUCCAAAAACCCAAUUGGUGAAAUUGGUGAUUCUUUACUGAAGCUAAAAUCUAUCACGAAGCUAUCUCUUUCUUAUUGUCAGCUUCAGAAUAUAGGCACUUCACUCAAGUCAUGUGUUGAACUGAAAGAGCUCAGACUUGCUCACAAUGAUAUCAAGAGUCUCCCAGCUGAGUUGGUUCAUAAUAAGGACCUUCAAAAUUUGGAUUUGGGUUAUAAUGUGAUCACAAGGUGGUCAGAUCUUAAGGUUCUUGAUUCAUUUGCUAAUCUUAGAAGUCUAAAUCUGCAAGGGAAUCCUAUUGCUGCAAAUGAAAAAUUAGUGAAAAAGAUAGGAAAAAUAUUGCCAAACUUGUGUGUAUUCAAUUCGAAACCAAUAGAAAAAUAUGCCAAGAAUGAGAAGGGUGACAAGAUUGUCAAUGACUCUUCACUUGGUGACAAAAACCUAGAAACUCAAACAGAACACAAGAGAGAUCGCAUCAAGAAAAAGGACCCCAUAGAUCCUGUCAUGGAUGAAGAAAUGGAUGCUAAUCUUAAUAGUGUUAGUGAUUUUGAUACGAAGAAGAAAUCCAAAGGGAAAAAGCUGGGAAGUAGUGACAAUGCCUUGGAAGUUCUGACCCAUGAGGAUGAGAAAAGAGACGAGGUCAAGAAAAAGAAAUCCAAACAUCAUCUCCCCGAUCAGAGUAAGAUUGACAAGCUUGAAAAUGAUCCCGUUUCGGAGAAGCAACCAAAACAGAAAAGUGAAGUAAAGAAUGAGAAGCUUCAAAAGAGAAAAGGUUCAUUCAAGGACGAGAAUGAUGCUGAUGCCAAAAAGAAAGCAAAGAAAAUAUCCACAGUGAGAAGCAGUGAACUGGAUGUUAUCGAUGAGAGUGAUGCCUUGCUUGCAGAGCUUCUUGCUGCUAACAACACAGAACGCCCCAAAUAUGAAGAGGAAAAGGUUAUUGGCAAUGCUAGCCAAGCCAUGAAGUCGGCAAGUGGUGUGGUAGCCCUCUCUGGUAAGAGGAAGAAAGCUAAAUCCCAAGGCUCAGGUUCUGUCCCAGAACUUCCACCCGUAGUUGAAGUUGGUUUGGGUGGUACAUCAACAUGGGGAGACGAGUAACUUCACAUCAGAGUUCGAAAAUGCUCGGCAACCGUGAAAAGCUUUUUGGCAAAGUUUUUAGAUUUUCUCUUGCUGGUUUUAAGUUUGCAGACCAACUUGACAAGAAGUAUCCAAAAAGUGGGAUUAAGACUCUUUUUCGGAGGUCGCCGUUGAAGCUACAAGAUUGCAUCGUAGUUGAGCUGCCUUUGACUAUGUGAUUAGUAGAAAAUUCACAUUGUCGAAUCGUUCUUGUUGACUUUGAUAAUAUUCAAGAGCUGAUAAGUCAAACAGCUAGGAAUUUUUCUCCUCGAGGCUCCACUAGGAUAUGGUAGUUGGCAUAUUCAUGCCAAUGUCGCAUGUUGAGGGACAACGCUUUGCCGCGCUCUAAUUAUACCUUACGGAAAAUGUGAUCGAAAGGGGUUUAUUUUAUUUUUGAAAGUUUUGGGAUGUGGCACAGAUGUUUAUUAUCGCUGCCAGUGAGGAUGGAGGGAACUUUAUUACUUCUUUCAUUUAUUUAUGUAUUUAUUAUUUGUUUUUGCGAAUUCAUUGGCAUUAUAGUUUUGUUUGUCAUUUGAAGUUAUGCUUCGAUAGAAUGA